GAGAGAGAGAGAUAGAGAAAGAGAGUAAAAUAAACAGCAAAUUUCCGGCCCCAUUCGUUGCCGUUUAAAAAGGCAAGAAAGAUUCUAACCAGUUAUACUCUCAGUAACGGAUCCUGUCCGGCUACGAGACUGUGAUCUACAUAUGAUUAUGCAUACCUAUAAAGUCUAGAAGACGUGGGGAUUUUAUCCGAUGUAUCCUACCUACGUGGCCCCCAAACGUAAUUCUGAAUCGAAGAGGUACGGAUCACCGUCAACGUCUGCACUCCCUCUCGCUGCAUCUUUCUCUAUUUUUGUUUUCUCAUUCACUCUUAUUGAAAAGUUCUCAAAGCCAUUUUUGUGUGUACGCUCCAGUGUGUACGUGUGUUUAAUUUAUAUUCCCGAAUCGAAACAGUAAAAGGAUAAGAGAAAAAAAUGGCGAGUCACUGUCGCCCGAAGAUUUUUCAUGUUUUUGUUUUGUUUGCCGCUUUCUGUACUGUUCGAUGCAACAUUUCUCACCCUGUCCAACCGCUUGACGCAGCUCUACCCGCGUUACGUGAAAGUAACGCGGGUGGCAGUUUGUCCGGCGUUGAUGACGAGCCAAAUCCGACCGUAUCUCCGGUUUUCUCGGAUCAGGCGCUUCGUCAAACCUACUACGAGCCUUUUGGUACCUUUGGAUCAUCCAGCAGAAGACGAUGCCCGUUGUGCGACAGUUCAGUGUUUCCUUACUGCGGUGAAAAACUUUUUCACGACGCAUGCUGCUGCACCGAUCCCUACCAGUACCCACUUCCUUACAAGUGCCAAUUAGCCGAUUGCGCCUUUCUUCACGCUAAUACCUGCAGGGAACACAGGCUCAUUGCCAACUGUUGCUGCAGCGACGAGUACAGGUCCUUCGUGAGGGGAAGAGACGCUGCGGUGGCUGAGAAAGCGGUUGAUAAUUGAAAAACGAGAAUCACAAGGGCGGAAGUUUUGGAAACGGCGGAAAAUCAACAUUUUUUCUACGCAACGUUAUUUAUGACGCGUUUCUGAGUGAAAAAAAAAAAAAAAAAAUCGAACCAAUAGCCGGUGAAGAAAAGAAAAUGUAUAAAAAAAAGGGGGAAAAAUAACAACCAACGGUUCGAGGAAGUCGGCCGGAUUCUUAUACCUCCUAA